GGUAAACAAACGACCAUUUUAGUUAGGCAGUUCGAUUUUAUUAUUUAUAUAUUGAUAACUAAAGCUUUCAUAAUGAUUUAACAAAACUUCAACAUGUAUCUAUUCAGCCUUUGCUUGAUAAUAUCAUUGUGGAAGCUAUCUGAAUCUGGUUUCAGCUUUCAUUGUCCUGUUCAGUCGCACUGGAAACAUAUAGCAGAAAAGCGUUGUGGCUCUGUGGACAGUUACUUCUGCUUGUUUAAUAGGAACGAACAUUAUUUUACUGAAUUUUGUAGAAAAACGUCAGAUUUCGAAGCACCAGGACAACAGCUUAUAGUUGCUGGAUCAUCUAAUGGAACAUUGCAAGGCGCUGAUUGUAACAGUGAGUUCUACCAGCCUUUCAAAUUCCUGCCUUCUGGAAACAGUCGAUGUGUUUAUGAGAAAUCUUACUGCAGUGGGGAGGGACAAGUCGUUUAUAGUAAUGGUACAUUGGAAAAUGAUAGAUCCUGCCGCUGUGAUUAUACGAGAGGAUAUGAUUUCGUAAAUAAACGAAAACGCCGAUGUUAUUGUGUACCAUCCGAGGAAGAUUGUUCCUGUCAUCUGAAGAUAUGUCCACCUAACUACAUUUUAUCACCAGAUUAUGAGUGUCUUAAUGAGAAUGAGUGGAAACCUAGCUUUCACUGUGAAUCACUAUUUCCGGUCGUGUUGACCAAGAAUCCAGAAAUUCCAUUAUGGACUGACAAUUCCUCGUUGAAGGCUCAUGUAAUAGCUAAUGGAAAGUCUGCGGGUGCUGCAGUUCUCGUAGUUUUUAUGCUGAUUUUAUCCUUACCAAUUAUAGUUUUGGUAUUGCCUAUCAUAGAAGAUUGUUUAUACAGAAUGAAACUCAAACGCAAAGAGGCUGAAGAGAAAACUGAUUUAGAAAAGCAGGAGUUAAAGGGCAAAAUAUGCCAACUUGAAGAAAGUAUAGGAAAGACUCCAGAUUAUGUAUUAGAAUGGCGAAAGGAAAGACUUUCACAUUGGUCCAAAGUACUUGUAAAAUUUGUUGUAACAAGAGCUGCUCAAUUUGUAUAUCAGCGCAUUCAGACAGAAAAGCUUGUUGCUAUUGUUGGACCGACAGGGACAGGAAAAUCCGCUUGUGCUUAUCACACAGCAUUUAGAUUGAUGAGCGAAUAUGAGUACACAAUAAUUCCGGCACAGAAGCCAUCCGACUUAACUCAGUAUUAUUUACCAGGUACAAAUCAAGUAUUCAUCAUUGAUGAUUUUAUCGGAAAAUAUGAAUUUGACGAGACGGAAGCAGUUUUGUGGGAUAAAGAAGGACCAUUGAUUCAUAAGAUUUUAAGUAACAACGAUAAGACCAAAGUAAUACUAACGUGUAGAAAGUCUAUUUGGCUUCCUGAAGUAUGCGAACGCUUUGGAUUAUCAGCUUCCGUAUGCGAUAUACAUACAGAUGAGUUGAGACUUACUCUAUCGGAAAAACGGACCAUAUGUGAGGCAUAUCUUGAUAAAGUUGACAUUCAAUAUAUAAACGACAAAAUAAUAAUGAUGUAUCCUUUUCUGCCCUCGUUAUGCUCGAUCUUUUCAUCACAAAACGUUUGUACCGUAGAAAACUUUUUUACAUUACCUGUUCAAUUCAUAGAACAGGAAAUUAAUAAUUACAAACUGAAAUCAUCAGUUCGUUAUAUCUCUUUAGCUGUGCUUGCUAUCAAACAAACAAUUACUAAACAUUUAUCUCAUGUUAAUAUUGAAAAUGAAGAGUUGAUAAAAAACUUAUUCCUGGAAUCUGGAUCUCAAAUUCUUCCAUCAAAAAGACUUAUUGUCAGUCAACUCGAGGCUUUGACAGAUACAUACGUAAAGGUUGAUAAUGACUUUUUCGAAUAUAUCCACGAAACUAUGCAAGCUUUAGUUCUUUAUUGCAUUGCAAACACAUGUAUAAACUCAGUACUAAAUUACAGUAAGAGCGAUGUGAUUAAGAAUCAAGUAAGAUUGACAUGCAUUGAGGCCGAUCAGACUAUUCCUGUAAUUAAAAUUACACCAGAACAUGAAGAGGCUUAUUUUUCCCGUCUUGCAAGGGACCUUUUUGAAGGCAAGUUUGUGGAUGUUUUUGGAAAUACUCAAAGUGCUUUUCCAGUAUUCAGACAGAAACUUUUGGAGUUCUUAACAAACAGUAAAACGAGAGAAAACAUGAUAAUGAAUGCUGACGGUUUAACUGUUCUUCAUGUUGUUUCUUCGUUAGGUUAUGAAGAUUAUGUUUCUGAUUUUAUGAACUUUGACAACGGAAUGAUUCAUCAAACCGAUGCAAAGGGAAAUAUACCGCUGCAUUUAGCAUCCUUGAACGGUCAUCUUAAUAUAGUUAAAAUGCUUGUUGAAAAUGACCCAAAUGUGCACUUUUUGAACAACGACAGAUUAUCGCCUUUUUUCUACGCAUGUGAAAAUAAUUUAAUUCCCGUUGUGAAGUAUUUUAUCAACUUACCGAACGAUGUUGCCAAGAUCAACGAAACGUAUAUGAUUAGAGAACACAAAAGUGUUCUUCACAUAGCCUGUAUGAAAGGUUUCACCGAAAUAACAACAGUACUUCUGAAUCAUCAUGCUACAUUUGAUAUAAAAGAUAAAGGUGAAUUAACACCUUUACAUUUGUCAUGCUUAGAGGGACAGUAUAAUACAGCUUCGUUGUUAUUAAAAGCUGGAGCCAAUGUUAAUGCAUUGGACAAACUAGAAAGGACUCCUGUGUAUUAUGCAUGCACAAGGGAUUAUAAAGAUAUUGUGAGCCUUCUAAUUCAAAAUAAGGCAGAUAUAAAUAAAAGCUUAUUAAACGGUUCUACACCUUUGCAUGCAGCUUGUGAGAAAGAUUGUAUAGACAUUGUUAAUAUUUUAUUACAAAAUGGUUCAAAAGUAGAGGCACAAGAGAAAAGUGGGACGACUCCUCUUCAUUUAGCAUGUAGAAACGGAAAUGAACAUAUCGUUAAAUUGUUAAUUAGAAAAGGAGCUUUGGUUGAUUCGAAAACAAAUAGGGAUAAGAUGAGACCCUUUCAUGAAGCAUGCAGACACGGGCAUCGUAAUGUUAUAGAUAUUCUUAUAGAGAAUAAUGUCAAAUACGACAAGGAAAACGAGAAGGGAUGGACAGGCCUUUUUUACAGUUGUGAAAAUGGAUGCAAUGAUAUAGUUAAGAUGAUACUGAAUCUUAAAUCUGAUGUAAAUCAUACUGAUAAAGACGGAGUUACCGCUCUCCAUUUGGCUUGCAUGAACAAUCACAAAGACGUUGUAAAUACAUUGGUUGAGAAAAAGGCAAAAGUAAAUGUAACCGACGUUGAUGGUGAAACACCUCUUUACAAAGCGUGCGUCAAUGGUAACAUUGAAAUAGUUAAGAUAUUGCUCAUUUAUGAUGCACAUGUGAAGACAUCGGGACUUUCACCUAUAGCUAUUGCAAAGGAAAAUGGGUUCAGUGACAUUGUUGCCCUAUUGAACAACGUAAAGAUCUGAUCAAAAUCGACGAGUAUUGAAACAGAUGUCAGUCAGCUUUAGAUAUAUGUUCACUUGAUCUUUAUUUGACACAAGUUUGAUUUCAAAAUAUCACAUUAAGAAUUAAAGAAAUUUGUCCAGUUAUAAUGAAAAAAUAAGACUGAAAUGUUCACAAAACAAUAAUAAGUAUUCUUUGAAAUUAUUUACUGGAUCGAUUCUUACAAUUGUUGUAUUUAUAAUUCUAACAAAUCAUUUGAAUAUAAUUUAGAUGUCUAGCUAUAUGAUGCUAAAUUUGUUUUUCAAUUUUGUUAAUAUAUUUUGUUAUUAUCUUGCAUGAGAUCGAAAUGUUAUUUGGAGUAAAUAUCAAUAUCAAAUCUUUCCAACGUUGAAUAUAAUGGAAUGGAAGUACAUUUAAAAGACAACAUGUAACAAUGUAUAGUUUACAUGUAUAUACUCGAUGUCAAUCUAUGAAUCGAUUCUAUA